GGCCUGCUUCCGUUAGUCCUAAGCGGAAGUUGUCCGAGCCUCGUCCCCAGAUUGUCGGUCUGUCCCACCUGGACUUUCAGGACCGGGUCUGGGAUGCCACGAAGAGGCUCGAUCCCCGGAUUGUCCCCCGCAGCCAAGACGCUCCGUCCCACAACAAACCCAGCGCGUCUUCGGAAUUUUGUCGCUUUGCUACUCGCCAAGCUGUCCAGCAUGUCAAGCGGUGAUAAGCUCGUCGCGACAAGUCGGAUUCCAACGUGGGAUGUCUUGCUGGUGGAUAUCGUUCCCUGCGCGAUCCAUUGGCUGCUCUCUCCCCGAUCCCCGCAUGAUCACAUUUUUCGUAGUGAAUUCUCCCCCGGGCUAGUUUGUCCUACCUCACCAUGAAUAGGUGACGUUCCGACUGGCUGUCGGUAACCGACGUAGCUCUGAUGGGGGUGACUGGGUAUAAAUGCCCCUCCUCCCUUGCAGAUGCCAGCUG